UAUAGGUCGCUCAAUCUAUGUAGUUCUAUUCACAAAGACAUUGAUAGGCUGGUGACGAUUUCAACGACACAUUUUGAUUUUCCUUCAUGUGUUGCUUUCAGAGAAGAAAAUCAUCAGUGGUCGUGUUCCAAGAUGGGUGUACCACACGUGACUACUUUCUGCUGGUGCAUGGGCCUGGAGCAGGGGGCGAAAGUUAUCGGCUACCUGCAUCUGUUGAUAUCGUUGUCUAUGAUGGUGAUGUGUUCGCUGUUCGCGGACCAAGUGGGGGGGUUCGUGGGCACGGUGGAGGACUCGGAGGACAACCUCUACACCAUGUGGUACACCAUCUCUGUCACCGUGGCGAUAGUGAGCGUCGCCCACGCGCUACUGGCCGUUACACUGCUCGUGUCGGUAUACAAGCGUUGGUGGCGCGGCGUGUGCGUGUGGGUGUGCGUGAUGUGUUGCGUGUGUGCGUGCGCGGCCGUGUAUGUGUGCGUGACGGCGGCGCUGUGGGGGCCGCGCGACUCCGGCUCCGACAUCUUCCUCUCCUUCCUCGAGGGAGUGGUCUUCUUCGGUGUUUUGAUAUACUGCAUCCUGUGCGUGAACAGCUACCACCUCAUGCUGAAGAGCGCCGAGGACAUGCAGGGACCCUCCAAGUACGACUACUGAACAUGGCCGUCCCCCUCACACCACACGAGCGAAACAGGGACGGGCGACAUGUAGUUUUAUUACGCAGGUAUUAUGUCAAAUGCUUGGUUUUUUAUUCCAGUGGUGUAAGAAACAAACUACUUUUUAUUCUUAUGAAUAUAUUUUGUAUGAAGUUUGUGAAAUGAAUUUUUAUCUCAAUUUUUUUUAUGUGAAGUUUAAUAAUAUGAAGUCGAUAAAAUCAUUUUUAUUACAACAAAUAAAGUUGUACAUGAGAUAUGAGCAAUGUUACUGAAAAUAUACACUUUCAAAUAACUAUUUACUUUUUGAAAUUAUUAAUGUUUAUUAUUCAUUUAUUCAGUUCACAAACAAUGAUAAUGUUUAUAAUGAUAUAAGCUCGGAAAGCAUUUAUAACUAUUCCAUUUAAGAUGAAGUUUACAUUUUAAUUAAUUAUGUGACACAGUAAGUUUCAAUUUAAUAUAUUAUUUUUAUAGUCGCAUUACAAUUGUUGUUAUACACAUUAAUAAGUACCCACAUGUAGCUUAAAGUCAACAGAAGGUUUCAAUUUGAUUUUUCAUUUGGUUCUUAAGACAAUAUAACAAAUUAACUAAAAAAAAGAAAUCGAUUUCCAUUUUUAAGCUAAUAGGGUUGCGUCGUACAAGUGAAAAUUCAGGUUUCUGUUAUAUGAUCGGCAAUUAUGAUCUGUACUAACCUAGAAAUAUUUAACAAUAUUACGCUUUGAACACUUGAAAAAAGUAGUACAUAAACGCAAAAAUAACAAAGAUUGCCCAGACGUCCAUACCUUUUUCACUACACAGAGAUGUGCAAAAUAUAUUAUAAAAUGUAUUUAAAUACAAAAUGUAAAUAUUUGUAUUUUUUUUUAUUCAGUUACAAAAUAGUAUUUCACUUUAUAUUUAAAAUAUUAAAUACAAAAUACGCAUUUCCAAAAUACUUUAUUAAAAUAAAUACCUUUAGUUUUAAACUUUGUUUUUCUUUAUUAGAAUUAUUUAAAUAAGUGAUCGAAUUGAAUUUACUGUACGGAUAUUAACACAACAAUUUG